UUCACAAAUCAAACUGAUUACUAUUGGAGUAAAACACAAGCCUCUUUCCUCCUUCCCCAAAAUUGAGGAAUUCAGGUUCAAAUUGGAAUAUUGAGAGGAAAAGAUUUGGGGCAAAUUCAAACUUUUCCAGAAAUUCAAAUCCAGAGUCACUUGCUAGCAGGUAUUCGGCUUGAUAUAUAUGCCAACCAUUUUCUUAUGCAUUGAAAGUUGGAGUGAAUGACUCCAGAUUUCAGUUGACGAUUAUUGAGUUACAAAAUUUUGGAUGGCUACUCCGAAAUAUUGGUGGGGUGUUGCCAAAAAAUGUUUUACAGUUGGUAUCAUAUCCCUAACUGUUUCUGACCAAUUUGGGUGUAUCUCACGAAUUUCUGGACAUUCUAUGUCUCCUACAUUCAAUCCUGCACAUAAUAAAUUUAAAGACUAUGUUUUGGUGGAGAAAUUUUGCCUCAACAAGUACGACUUUUCACAUGGUGAUGUUAUAAUUUUCUUGUCCCCAAGUAAUCACAAGGAGAGACAUGUGAAGAGGAUCAUUGCUAUGCCUGGUGAUUGGCUCAGUCUGUCUGACUCACAUGAUACAGUGAAGAUUCCUCAAGGCCAUUGUUGGGUGGAGGGAGAUGAUGUAGCUUCCAGUGCGGAUUCAAGAUCUUAUGGUCCAGUUCCUCUAGGCUUAGCCCAAGGUAGAGUCACACACAUUUUGUGGCCACCUCAGCGAAUAGGCAAAGUCGAGAGAGUAGUUCCUCAUCACAGGCUUGCAUUGAGCUGACUAGGCAGAUGUCCGGAAUAUCUACUCAUGAUAUGGUAACUAGAGGGGAGAUUUCAGCUUAUAUUUCAUUUUUUGGUUUUGGUGCAGUUUGUUGCACUGCCGACCCCAUUUAUGGGAUUAAGGCUUGGAUUGAUUGAUUGAUUGGUGCAGUUUGUUGCACUGAAAAUUUUGGUAGUAACUACAGAGGGAGUUCAUCUUAUAUUUCAUCUAAAGGAAAAUAAUAUUCCUUUGCA